CUGGGCUCCCCCCAGAAAAACGUGUGGCUCGAAGCAUUUGCUUCGCUGCGGUCUUGAAGGAGCUGCAUGCAAUGUCUCGCAGCCAAGCCUUUUUGUCCGUUCUCAUCACUCUAGUCGGCUCUCUAUCACCAUUCCAACCACGUUGCUUAAUUCUGGUCAGUUCAGUUCUGUGAUUGUGAAGCUGUGGAGCCAGCGCGCUAGCGGGAGAGAAAGAGAGAUAUACGGCUAUGGCGUCUGCAACGAUGGCCGCCCAAGCUGUGACAGUAGCUGGAUUGGGCUCUUCUAUGCUGCGCGAAGGAGAUGUUCAAAGACUACGAGGUCAUGUGAAGCUUGCGAGGCGUUUGUCUAGUCAAUUGUAUUCACCGGUCAGAGCUGCCAAGCUUCCACCUGGAGUUGGCCAGCCUAGAGAGGAGCCGAAAUUGCCCGUACCACUUUGGGGGUUUACAAGGAAUGCUGAAGUUUGGAACUCGCGUGCAUCAAUGAUUGGAAUUGUCGGAAUCAUCAUAGUUGAAGCUAUCAUUAACCAAGGCAUCCUUCAAGCGAUUGGCGUUGAUGUUGGAAAGGGACUCGACUUGCCAUUGUGAGGAGGAAGUGCAUUAUGAGCUUGUGCAUGUCAAAAGCCCCAAUAGUUUGUAUUUCUGUGAUAUCGUAAAACAUUAUUUUAGUCGAACAUCUCAUAAUUUUGAUACAGCACUGUGCUUCAGCUGCAUGCACUGGUAUUUCACCAGUGUGCAAGCCACUGAGUACCCUCAUGAUAAGAUGUUGGAAAUAUUGAAAAUGUUGAAACACAUUCUAAGAUACGUCAAGAUAUUUUUGUAUUCACCUA